CGCACGAGACAACAAGAAGAAGAAAAGUUGCAGUAUUAUUAUUAUUAAGAAGUUUUACUCAAGUGACUGAUUGGCACUAUAAGUUAAUCGCUCAACCUCUUUUUGGGUUGCCAGGCAAGGAACGAACCAGUAAUGACAAGAGAAUUAUGAAGACAGCCAUUUAAAAGGAGUGUAGGACUUGACUGGCAAAAAGGACAUCGUUGUUCAUAGUAGUCCUAGAUAGAUGAAACAUUGUAAGAGAUGGACAAUAAUGAUGAUGAAUCAAACUCCAGACCGCAGAAGAGAAAGAAAACUGUUAAGGAAGACCUAUCCAUGGGCCCAACCAUGAAUGUUAAUGCACCAGUAAACAUCCAGUCAGCCACCUUUGUCACAAGUGUCUUAGAUGCUCCUCAGGAAACUACCAUUGAAACUGGGUUGGUCAUUGAAAUACAAGAAGAUGAAGAACAACAAGCAAAACAGUUAACAAGUCAAGCCAUGCAGCAGCUGUCACACUUCACAUGUUCAGGAUCCACUGAAAAGGGAGCUUUACAAUCAAUGCAUAAAAAGAUUAAAGAGUAUCAGACAGCCUUGACGCAGCGUGACGAUCUGAUAGGCAAACUGCAGACCAGACUAGCAGAAACUCUGCAGCAACGUGAUGAGCUCAUAACAAGUUCUCAGGAGCAGGAAUCUAGUUUCAAACAGGAAACAGAAAAACUGAGGAUGCAGUUGCAGCAGUCAAUUGACAUGGUUACUAAUCAGAAAACUGGAGUAAAUCCACGGGACCAUCUAGAACUGAAAAAUAAGCUUAUAGCACUUCAGCAAGAAAAAUCUCAGCAAGAGACUACUAUAAAGCAGCUUUCCGGUGAACUUGAAACAAGGAUAGAAGUGUAUGGGCAGCUAGAUUAUAAAUACAAACAGAUUCUCCAGAAGUUCAAGAAAUUAACUAAUGAUGCCCAGGCUUCUCAGGCAGAAAAGGACAGAUUAGCAAGUGAACUAGAGCAGCUAAAAAAAGACCAGAUUGUGCAUUUGGCCACAUGGGAUGGAGAGAAGGAAGUUGCCAGUAACCAUAUUAAAAGUUUAGAGGAAGAAAAGAGCCUCCUGUCCACUGAGAAUACAAAAAUGCGAGAUGAGAUUCAGAAUCUUAUGCAGAAACUGCAGGCAAUGGCAGAGGAAAUUAAAGAAAAAGAAAAUCAAGUUGAAACAACACGUGCUCAUGCUGAGGAACAGUUUGGUAUGCAGCUCACACUUAUAAAGCAACAGAUGAGUGAUAUUCACGCAGAAGAGAUUUCCAAAGUGUCUCAAGAAGUUGAUGCUUUGCAGCAAACCCACCAAGAAAACAUGAGUUCAUUAAACUCCAUUAAUAUGAAUUUGAAAUCUCAGUUGGAGGCAGAGCAGGAGAAACAACAGCACAUAGAAAGAGAACAUAAGGAAAUGAUGAGACAUUUGGAGGAAGUACAAGCUUCAAAAAAUAAUGAGAAAGAAAAAUUGCAGAAUAAGGAGGCCGAGUGUAUCGAGACGAAUAAAAUGCUCAGUGAAUGUCAGCAGAAUUUUAAUCAACUUGAGGCAGCUUAUCAAACACUUCUGCUGAAAGAAAAAGAUUGGAUCUCAGAAAAGGAAAAGCUUACAGAAGAAAUUGCUAAGAGUGUCUUGCUUACAGAGGAGAUUUCCAAACUAGAAGAAGAGGUGAAAGUUAGUAUACAAAUGGAAAAGGAAUUUUCUGUUCUGAAAGAGGAGAAAAACAUGCUAAAUCAGAAGUGUUUAGAACUAACUUCACAAGUUGAGGAAUUAACUUCUGAAAAGAGAGGAUUAGAAGAUGAAGCAAAGAAGAGUAAAGAGGAACACAAUAAGUUGAAUGUAAAAUUACAAGAAGAAACCAAAUUAAGGUUGAACCUAGAAGGCGAAUGGGAAUCUCUGAAGCAAGAACAUGCAAAAUUGAAAACUGAAAAUGUGCAGCUUUGCUCACAUAAUAAAGAAUUAGAGGGACAGAAUAUGAAUUUGGCCAACAAAGGGGUAGAGCUGGGGGCUCAGAUAGAGAGGUUGACAUGCCAAACAAGCAAAUUAGAAGAAGAGUUGAAAAAGGAAAAGGAUGAAAAAAAUCUUAUCAUUAAAUUAAAGGAAGAACUGGCAUGUCAAACAAACAGAUUAGAAGAGGAGUUGAAAAAGGAAAAGGAUGAAAAAAAUCAAACAGCUGUCAAAUUACAGGAACUUUAUCACCAGAAGUUAGACAUUGAAAAUGAAUGGAAAAGGAUGAAGUUGGAAAAUGAGAAAUUAGUUCACGAUCUUACUCAGUUAAACACGCGUAUUAAGAAAAUGGAGACCGAGACUGAGAAAUCAGAUGAGUUGAGACAGUGUAUUGCUGCUUUAGAGGCCCAGUGUAAAGAGGCGAAAGAGGUCAAAGAGGAAUAUGAGAAAAAGUGUAUCUCUCUUAAUGAGAGGCUCCUGAGUCUUGACAAGAAACUGGCCGAGGCCCAUAAACUCCACGUUGAAUCCGAUGGAGCUGCUCGUGAAAACAGUUCUCUGAAAAACUCCCUCGACAAAAACGUUGCUGCUUUGGAAGAGUGUAAGAUUAAGUUUUCAGAAACAGAAGAAGAGUUGAAAAACCUUAGAGAAAAAUGUGAAAAGAUUGAGCGAGACAAAGUGGAUGUUGAAACGGAACGUGACGAGUUGAUGGAAAGAUAUAAAAUGGUAAAUGCUGAACUAGCAAGUACAUUGCUUGCCCUUGAUAGAGAGCUUCAGCUUACAACUCAUAGAAGGCUCAGUGAUAUUGGAUCUAGUCUUUCAAGGGUCUUCGGAGAUUUAGCUACUCAGACAGACCUACAGUUAUCUGGUGACUCAAUAUCAAGUGGUGGAAAUUCAGAAAAGGAUGUACUUGUUGAAGAGGCAGAUGUCACUGUUCCCAGGAUGUACAACACACAAAACCAAGACCUUGACCAACAUAUAAGUGAUCUUGAGAAAGAGAAUAAGGACCUUCAUAAUAAAGCUGAGAAACUGAAAAUGAAACUUGAGGAUCAAAAUUUGAUCAUUAGAACUUAUGAAAAUCAAAAUGCUGCCUUAUUGAGACAGCUGUCAUCCUUAGAAGCAGACAAACAUAGGCUUAAAUCAGAGCAAGAGGAGCACCAAAGUAUCAUCUUAGAAAAACUCAGUUACCAAACACAACUCACUGAUCUAAGAUCAUCCAGAAAUGGUCAGGAGCAAAGUUGGCAUCAACUAGAAAAGAGCAGCCCUCUAUUUCUUGGAACUCUGAAAGACAAUGAAGAUAAAGAUUUAUCAAAUACAAGUACAAUGUCAACUGAACUGCCAUUUUUAGAGUCACAAAGGAGAGAGACAUUAAGUAGUUCAGUCUUUAAAAAUCUUGAUGAUACUACUGAGUUUGAGGUUUUUAAAGAUGCACUGGAGAAAGCCUUGUCUAAGGUUUUGACUGAUUUAGACAGGUUGGAUCAAGUUAAUAAGGAAAAGUAUUUCAUUGAAUUGGAAAACAUAUCUUUAAGGGAACAAGUUAUGGAACUUGAAUUGAAACAGAAGGAGCUCUCAACUGAGAGCGGAAGACUUGCUGAUGAUUCACCGCAGAGUAAAGAAGCAGAAGAUACACCUGCAACGUUAAAGAAAGACAUCGAGAAAUACAAGUUUGAAAUUGGAAAACUAAAAAGAUCCAUAGAAAGACAAGCAGUACUUUUUGAUUUAGAAAAACAGUACUUCCAGUCACCAAGGUUAAAAUUGCAAGUUAGUAAUAUAAUGCAAGAUCAUUCUGAGUCAUCCAGUGAACUUCCUAAUACUGAUAAAUAUAUUGAAUCUGCCAUGAUGAAUCUGAAACAAGCCAUUCUCAAGAACGUCAGCGGUCAGUAUGUUCACUCUUUAACGAAGACCCUCAGCAAGUUAGAAGAUACUAUACUGACCACAAUUCACAACCCGUCCGUGGAAAUUCUUAGUGAUUCCACACAAAGUACAAGUGAUGUAGAGCAACUAGGUGAAUCACACCCGGGAGUUUCCUUGGAACAAAAUGUGAAAAUGUUUACAGAAAAUGUUGAGCAGCUAAUCAACAUUAGGACCACCCUUGUAGAUGCUUCAAAUGAGUUAGUUGAGAAGCUGGAGGAUGCUGUGGCUUUACGAAUGUCACACCUGAAGUUAGAAAUCGAGGAUUUGGUGAAUCUAAUGUCGCAAGAAAAUAUAGGAGUAUCAGUGCCGCGAGCAGACUCCACAACAAAAAGAGAACUGAGUGUAGAAUCCCAUCAGGAUUUCAUUCGUGAAUUUGUUGAAGUAACAAAUAAUAUUGCUGAAGAGGCGCAAGGUGAAAAGGUACAAAUUCUGGAGAGCCAGCAAGCCUUAAUUCAAAAGAUUUUAGAAGACAAUAAAUUGAAAGUCAGCUCCAUUGGUCAAGAGCAUCUUCAGCAUCUAGAAAAUGUCAAGAAUUUACCUGAAGCUGUCAAAUGCACAUCAGAGUUGAUGUCAUCUUUGGAAGCAAUGUUGGCAGAAGAAAUAACAUGGGUAAACCAGCAGUACAAAGAAUUGUUAACUCAGUACUCUUAUGAGCAAGAAUUGUGUAGAAAAACCCAAACAAGCAAGUUGAAAGAACUGGAAUGUACUUUAACAUCAUUGCUAGAAAAUUCUCCAUUGGAAGUUGAACUGGCAAAACUGUCCUCUUCUCAUAAAACAGAACUUGAGAAACUAAAGGAAGAACACCACGCAGAAGUGAGACAUCUUGAGAAUCAGAUAGCCCUCCAGGAUAAUGAGAUGUUGAUGGCCUUAGAUGACGAAGUUCUUCAGCUUCACACUCGCGCAGAACGUGACCUUUCACACAGAUCAGAAAGUUCUUAUGUCUCUUGCUCUCAACUAGAUAACAUCAAGAUACAGGUUACUCAGCGUCACUUGCAGUCUCUCUAUAGUGACAGAGAAUGGUACAGAAAAACUGUCGGCCUUCUCUCUCAUGUAGCACUUCAGUUACUCCACUAUUUUACAGUUGCUGAAAGUUACAUUAAAAAACCUCAAACUCCUCAAAUGGAUGACUUAGAGAUACAAGAUGAAUCAACUUUACAGCAGCCUGAGUCCUUCUCGGGGAUGGCAAAAGACCUUUCCUUUUUAUCUGACUGUAAAACUGACUUUAUUGGGGAUAAUGUAUUAAGCACUUUCCCAGAAGACAAUGCCAUGUCUACAGCACUGAUUGGUAAAAGUAUUCACAUUGAUCAUGGUGAAGAUUUGGAUGUUGUCAGUAAUUCUGGAUCUAUGCUUGACAGUACUGUAAUGAGUGAAGGCUUAUUAGAUGACAUGGAUAAAGAUGAACAGGUCCGUACAAUGCUAACAAAAUUUUACCCCCAGCUUAUGUCAAUACUGAAAGGGCGUUGGGAAAGGGUUGUAGUUGAAAGUCUAGAAAAAGAAGUGCAGGAGUUGACUAUUGCCCUUCAGGCAUCUGCUGGAAUGUUGAAAAUCUUUAUGCACAGUGUUAUUUCUGAAACCAAAGGGCUUCCUUCAUUGACUGGUCCCCAUGAAAAUGCUCAUUUAAGAGUUGGUACUGUGUGUCACGGUAGAGAGCCAUUCAUAGACAUGUCUCAAAAAAAUACUUCAGAACAGAUGCAAAAUUCUGUAAGUGUGUGUCAUUUGUUGUGUCAAGAAAAUCACAAUUCUAUGUCAGAUAUAUCUAGUCAUUCUGGAGAUCUAACCCAUCUCACCAAAGAGCUUACAUCCAUUUUAAGCCAAGAAGAGACUAUUUUAGACUUUACAAUGCUUAAAACUCCAAAGUUGGACACCAAAGAAAAAGUAUCUACUUUUCUUAAAGAAUUGAGUAGAAUGGCCGAGAAGUUAGAAUCUCUUCAGAUGCAUGUUCAUCAUCAGGCAGGUUUGAUUCAAGGCUUUGAAGAAGAAAGAAGAGCUCUGCAGGAUGAAAAUAGUCGUCUUGAACAUUACAGUAAGAAGAUAGUCCAGGAGUUACAGGUAACUAAAGAUCAGCUUGCAGAUUAUGAGAGGGAUGCAGAGAAUAAGAAUGCUUCCUCUUCAUCAUACGCUGAAAAAUUGGAAGCUUCUAAAGAUACCAAAGAAAGAGUCCGAGCCGUGUUAUCUGCCAAAACAAAAUCUUCGAUGGACCAUGGUGAACUGGUGACCCGAAAUGCAGACCUUGAAAGACUUCUGGAGUCUCUUGUGCGAGACUAUGACAAAGAAGUAGAAGAACUAAAGUGCAAAGCAGCUGAUUUGUCGCAGCAGUUGGAAGUAGCUGAUCGUCAGUUGCGCUCCAACCGCCAGUUCCUUGAUGAGCAGGCAGUUGAGAGAGAAAAAGAAAGGGAAGAGAUGCAGAAAGAGAAUGAUAAUCUUGCAAUGCAGUUGCGGGACAAAAAUAACUUGCAGCUUCAGCAUGAGAAUUUGUCAAAUAAGGUUGAAUGUUUAGAGCGAGAGCUUCAAGAAAAAUCUCAGGAAUUCGAAGAUGCUCUUGCAAAUUUACAGAAAUAUCAAGGGAAGUUCAAGGCUGCUGAAGAUAAGAUCUCAGAACAGCGAGACACCAUCUCUAGCUUAGAAGUCCAGUUGGAUGCAAGAAGCAAGGCUGAGAAAGAUCUCUACAUUCAGAAUGAGAAUUUGAUGACAUCUUGUAAUGAGUACAAGAAAGAAAAUCAUGAAUUACAGUCCAAGCUAGAAGAACAUCUUUGUGCUGGUGACCCUUAUAAAAGCCACAGCCAAGAAGAUACAGUCAACCGCAAAAAAUCAAGUUAUAAUCUAAUGGAAACUGAGGACAGUAUUGUUCAUCGUGACGGAGAACCUUUAUCUCAGGAGCUUUUGGAUAGUUCUGAGUCUGAUGUGCAAAACCAGAAAAUGGUAUUUGAAAAGUAUGUAGAGCGAAUAUCAGAAUACCUUGCUCUACUGUUUUCCGAGGGUUCAGCAUCCCAGAGUGAAGAAGACCUCUCAGAAAGGAGUCACCUAGGAAUGCCAUCACUACAUCAUGGAGAAGGUGACAGAACAUUGUCUCCUGGUGGUUUUAAUCAGCAGUCCUUAGAAGAAAAACUCAUAAGUCUUGAACGUACUGCUGAAGCAGCAGUGAAGAGAGUACAUGAUAUGCAAAUGACUGAAAAGCAUGCAAGAGCAUCAUAUGAGGAGGUGAAUGAAGAAAGGAUUCUUAUGCAGAAGCAUAUAGACAAACAGCACAAUGAAAUAGCAUCUCUGCAAGUGCGCUUAGAAGAGUUAAGGAGACUAGAUAACUGCCAGUGUGCAACCUUGCAAGAAAAGGUUUCUUAUUUUAAGGAAGAAUUAGAUAUCAACAAACUAGAGUUGAUCAAGCUUAAUCAAAAAAAUAAAGAUUUAAAUCAUGACCUAUUGGAGAUGCAGGGCAUUUUGAAGUGUCGUGAGGCAGAAAUCAAACGUCUACAGAGUGGUUCCUUGAAAAACGCAGAUACUUCAAAGAGAGAUUUAGAGAAGGAAAAAGACCCAUCUUUAAAGAUCACACUUUUAGAAACUGUAGGAAAUGUCAGUGGGAGCUCAGAAGAACUAAGAGACUUGCCUGAAGCUUCUGGUGUGGAUUCACAUAUGGUUUUUAGCUCCAAGCCUCCUCUAUAUCUAUUAACAUCAAGUAGUGACUUCUUAACUUCUCCUGCACCAUCAUCCCAGCAGGACCCAUCAUUAUCAACAAUUAAUUCAACUGCAUCUAAGACUGUGCAGGAUAAUGCUGGCCUGACAGAGCUCAAUCAGUCUCCAGAAGUAGGAAUGGUAGCCUUUGAUUCAGAUGAUAAGGAGGCAAUCACUAUAGCAAAGGAAGAGUACCAAUCCCUCUUGUCAGCUAUGGAGGAAGUUGGUCUAGUAAAGGUAGAAAAUGAACUUUUGCAGAAGGAGAUCCACAGUCUUAAUGACUAUCAGGCAAAACUAGAAGAGGACUUCAAAUCUGCUCAGCAGCUAUUGGAGGCACGGGAGGAAGAAAUCUUGCAGUUGACUGAGGAGAUGGUUGAUGGCGGUCCGCAGCCUUUAGCAUCAGAAACUCUCCAGUUGCAACAAACAUGUCACCAGUUAGAAGAACAGCUCUCAGCUGUGCAGGUUCAAUACGAGGAGUUAUAUGGGUCAAAUAUUGAAUACAAGAAUGAACUUGAUAGAUUAGCAGCAGAAUAUGAAGAAAUGCAAUUAGAAACUGAAAAAUUAAAGAGUACUAAUGAAAUGUUGAUGUCUGACAUUGAUGUAAAAGCUAAAGCCCUAACAAAGAUGGAGGAGAAACAUCAGGAAGCUACAAAACAUUUAUCUGAGCAAAAUUCCAAGUUGCAAGAUGAACUUAUGAAAACUCAGAAGAAGUUGGAAAAUGAAAUGCACGAGUUGAGAACCCAGCAGCUGAAAACUAAUCAGCUUUGUAAUCAACUGGAUGCACUGCAACAGGAGUUAGCAAAGAAGUCUUCUCUUUUUACCAAGGAAAAAGAGCUGUUGGAGCAACAUUACCAGGAAGAGAUAGCAGGUAUGAAGAGACAACAGAAGCAGUUAAUAUUGGAUUAUGAAGAACGACUUUCUGCUCAGAUUAAAUGCUUAGCAGAAAAGUAUGUCAAAGAGAAGGACACUGCUGUUACCCAACAAGUAAAGUACUAUGAAGCUGCACUACAGAAUGCCAACAAAGAAAUAGAAAAUAAAGCACUAUAUAUCCAGAAUUUGGAACAGCGUCUGCAACAGAACACUUUAAAUGCUCAUCUGUCUGACUCUCUAGAAGAUCUUGGUGAGGGUGUAAAAGAAGAAGUUAGUAAAUCUAGUAGGCUUGACAGGUCACUGGUUUCAUAUUACAUGGAAAGUGGUUUAGAAGGUUGUGAUUCUGUUCAGCCUUCUACUCGAGCAUCUAGCGUUGGGGAUGAAACAGAGGAAGUUAGAAGUCAAUUACAAGUAAUUAUUAACAAAAUUCAACAGGAGGGCACGCAGAUGUUGACAUCGUGUGAACGAAGGCUCCUUCAUAAGUAUAGUUCUUUGCUUAGCAGUGCAGAGAAGGAUCUUAUAGCAUCCCUGGAUCUCAGCGAACCCAGCUCUCGAGAAAGUUCUGUUAGUAAACUUGAUGUUAGGGAACGAAUGCAAUAUGUAAGGCGCAUAGCAGAAUUGGAAUCAGAAAUCGGCCAGAAGGAUCUUGAAUUAAAGAGACUAACUUCACAGACUGACUUUAGAAUAGAGCAAGAAAGGUUGCUGUCAAAUGAGUGGAAGUUGUCCCUGGAGGAUGAGAAACGAAGGAAACAAGACUUGACUGAGCAGCUUCGCCAGGAAAGACUAUCUUGUUAUGAUCAUACUUCAGAGUUGACUUUUUUGAGAUCUCAGUUAUCAAUACUUGGACCUAAACUUCAUAAACUUCAAGAGGAAAAUAUUAAAUUAUGUGAGAGCAUUGAGGAAACUAGCAAGCAUAUUGAUACGUUAAAUGUUGCUCUUCAGACUGAGCGUAACAACUUUAGUGUAGUUUCAAAAGCAUUGAAUGAUCAGAGGAGUUUAGCAGAAACUACCAAAGCACACCAUGCAAAAUUGGUAAAGGAUCUCCAGAAUUCUCUCAAAGAGGAGCGGGAUAAAAAUGAAAAAAUUACCAAGCAGCUGCAAGAAAACAAAUUAAAUAAGAGAAGAGGGCUAUCAGGUAGUGAAGAAUCUGUCAAAGGUAUCACAAAAUCAGCACUUAGGAGUACAAAUAGCCGCUCCAAUCUUGAUGAUCUGCAGACACGUCUAGCUAUUGAGCAAGAACGAGUUAUAGAACUUCAAAGGAAAUAUGAUGUGGAAAGGGGAAGAGUUGGAAACCUCAGUGAACAGGCUUCAGUUGAAAGGGCCCGGGCUCGAACUGAACUCAUGGAAGAGCAGGCAAGAUGUGCUGAGCUAAAUGCUGUUGUUAAGAACAAUCAGCUUGAGAAAGAAAAUUUAUUAAGAAUGAUGAACCAAGACAAGGAGCGCUUAAGACAACGAGAACUACAGGUGAGAGAUCUUGAGAAUAAGUUAAGUAAAAUGGAGUCUGAACUUCAGGCUCAAGCCACUGCGUGUCAGGUAACAUCUCACAAAGUACGUGAAGAAGAUGCACAACUUCACAUGAGGUACAGCCAGGCCAUUCAGAAGCUGGGUGAGGCAGAAGCAGAAAUAUGUUCACUAAAGCAGAAUGUCAGGUCACUGAAAAAUGAGAUAGAAGAAUGUCAUCUUAAAGAAAUAUCUGUACAGGAGGAACUGAAGCGGGAACGCACAGCUAUUGACAGACUUGGUCUCCCUGCAUUAGCAAGGUCAAAUAAUCUCAGUGAAUAUUUUGAACUACAAGUAAAGGAGAAUCUUCAGCUUUGUAAGUUAGUUUUGAAAAAUUUGGAUGAAAAGGAUGCCCUCCGCAAGGCAAUCGCAACAUUAGAGAAUAAGGUUCAAGAUCUUACACAGAAGUAUGCCAAAGCUAACUCAGAAAAGAUUGAAAGCUCAAGUAAUGAGAUCUGCCUGAAAAGAGAAGUAAGAAGGUAUACAGAACAAGUUGUCUCAUUACAAAAUGCAUUAUCACAUAAAGAUGCAGAGUUGCAGUCUAGAGCCAAUAUUGAUAGCAGUAAUAUGUGCCUUAAUUGUAGGAUGCCUCACAUUUAUGAUGAAAAUUUAAUUUUGAAAUCAAGGUGGAAGUCUUUGCUGUAUCAAAAGCAGUAUCUGUUGUCAUGCUUAAGAACAUACAAAGACAGUGAGGUUCAAGUUAUAUCUCGUAUGCAUGACAUUGCUGAGGGAUACAAUCCAGCGGGUAGAAGUCGGGCAAAGGCUACUAGUGAAAAGAAACAAAUUAGAUGUAAAUUGAAAGCAUAUGCACUGCAAAUGAUCGCCAUAAACAGAAUGAAGUUUUUAGUCAAGAGAUGGAAAUCUGCUAGACGGAUUGGGUCACACAUUGUACAUCCUCAUACUCCAAGUGCUCAGACUAGUCGAUCAUGUCGAGGUAAUAUUGAUCAACCAGAGUCUUCCAGUAUUGUAAGUGGAAUCUAUUUGUCAGUUACUGGUGGAAGAACAUCAGGAGCCACAAGGGCACUGACAGGCGACUUAACCCCUCCAACUAGAGAUCCAACACAUCUACCUCACGCUGACUCCUUACAGAGUUCAAGUUGCAGGCCUUUCAUUGUUGAUCAAGAGUCAAGAGAAUAUGACAAGUAUAUAGAACGACUAGACAGCAUCCACUCUCAGCUAGGAUUAAAUGUUAAAAAGUGAUGUCAUAUUAAGCAAUUGAAGUUGUUGUUUUUGUUGGACAGCUAUUUAUAUUGAACUACACAGAAUAUAGAUUGUAUUAGGAUUUUUUUGUGAACCAGAUAUCGCAGUUACUACUCAAUCCAGAUUUAAUUAUUUACUCAUUCAGUGGCUUUCACCAAGCUAAGUUAAAGGGCAAUUAUUGGUCAUUGUUGGGGUUUUGUAAACCUUUACUGAUGUCAAAUUAUUGUGCAUUAGCAGUAGAAAAUUAACAUUAAUGGUAUGUUGUUACAGUUUGAUUUUUUUACUAUAUAUUUUAUCAUCGCAUCAGAUAUAGAAAAUUCAUUGGGCUCUUAAUCAAAAUGUUUCUUUAGUUCAAAAUGAUAAGUGUUAUAGAGUGACUACAUUAUCUGAAAACCAGUUCCUUAGAUAUUAAAGUUGAAGAGUGUUUUUUUAUAUAUAUAUUUCAGUUAGGGUCACCCUUUUCUUUUUGUCUGUUUUACCGUUUUUGCUAAUGUUUAAUGUGUUUUUAUGGAAACCUCAUCUGAAGGCUUCUUGAGCUUCCAUUUAAAGGCUUGUGUUUUUGUGUAAUGUUUAGUCCAGCUGUAAUGAUAUGAUUUAUUGGAUGCAAGAAUAGUUUUUCCUUAGUUUAGGUUGCACUGUCAGGUUUUGACUGUUAUUCUACGUGCAUAGGUCUAAAGGCAUGGAAAAGGACACAAGUACGUAAUUUAUUUAAUUGGUUUUGUUGUCUGGAGUGAUACAAAUCCAAUGAUUUGAGCUCAGAUUGUAAGGUUAGUAUGUAAAGAUGCUUAUCUCUUGCACCCUUCAGGUCCAGCUAAUUAUGAGUGAAAUCUACACCAAUAAGGGUCAGUUGUGAAUUUUUGUAACCUUUUGUCAUGGUAAAUGUGCAUCAUGCUCAUUUUUAUUAUGAAUUUUAUGUUGAAAGAUUAUCAUUAUCAUUUCUUUCAAGAUUAUUGUGUUGUAUCCAUUGUCUGUCAUUCAGUUGUAUGGGCUUGUUGACUUUCAAGGUAAUGUUAUAUUUGAAUAAACUUAACCCUUUGGGAUUUUUGAGCUGGUCCAAAUUCAUCCGAGGUAGAAAACAUGGUUCUGGCCUACUACUUAUGUGGUUAGAAAUAAUUGUCUUUUAAUGUUUGCUAUAAAUUUGAUUUACUGUACAUGUUAGAAUGCUUGUCUUGAUGUCAUUUUCAAGAUUAUUAUAAUUUGUUUUCACUUUGGUUCCCAUGAAAAAAAAAUAAAACCAUAAAAUUAAA